AGAGAAAAAGGAAAACCAGUAAGACGCAGCGAGAUCGCUUGCUCUGUGGCGGGGGAGGGCUUUAGAGAGGGUUUUUACGAAGGACGGCGGCAAUGGCGGAUCCGAGCCCUCGAGGCGGCUUCACAUGUCAUCACUGCGCAGGUCCUCUUUCCAAGGCCAUGGAGACCAGCGAUUGGAACGUGUCUCCCCUCAUCAGAGACAGCUUCUCCAUGAUCGGUUCAGCUGUGGGUGGUACGGCCAGCGCUUUCUAUGGAUUCAACCACGUGAUGCCAAUUGUCCGGAGAUGGGUAAAAGGGCCGAUGUGGUUGCAUUUCCUUAUUGGCGCACCUCCCGUGAUAGUAUUCUCUUCAGCCUGUGCAGGAUUGGCAGGUGGUGCAGUGCCUGCUCUAGCCCAACUUGCGUCUUCAUCUUAUCAUGCGGCUGUCUCCUCUCCAUUGCCUCCUUCAGCUUCUCAAGAUGAUAAAAUGCACAAGUCAAGAACUUCAUCUACCCUGUAAAUAUUACACCAGCUCUUUCUCUACUGCAUGGGGGUGCUUGGGACAGAGGAAGAGAGUUAGUUUGCCUGUGCAGGUUUGAUAGGCUUUCGGGAAAUUGUUCCAUCAAUUUUGUAUUUAUUGAUCAACUCAAAUGUUAAAUUACAUGCCAAAGCUUCAUCUUUUGCAUUUUGAUCA